AUGCUCUCCAUCUUCUGGUUCGCCAUCCAAUUCCUUGUCUUACUCCGAACAAUCUCCGCCUCUCCACUUCCCCAUCAUCAGAAUCAUGCCAAGCGCAGCGUAUCAGGCCAGAAUGUCGGUAGCGGAUUUGCGAUAGCAAUCUGUGUCUUAUUCCUCGCUACGACCUUCUACUACCUCGGCACGCGCCACGAGCGCACAAAAGCAUGGUUCAUCAAGCGCAAUGCGCCCGCCCAACCUGAGCACUCAAGUGGAUCCGGUGUCGUUUCAGAAGCGCAAAGACAUAGAAGGCAGAUCAGCUGCCCGCUCGCGGUGUCGUCCUCAGCGCCUAUCAAGCCAUACGACGAUCCUAUUGAGGUACCAACGCCGAGCCUGCGAUACUACGAGAUGCCUGUCGAGGAGAUAUAUGAGAUGGGUCCACCUAGUCCGAUAAAGCCUCCAUCGCGUGCAAGACUGUCGCUUGAUCGCAAGCCUUGGUGGCUAAAACACUCUGAGGACCAGGAACAAGGACGCAGUGAAGGCGCAAUUAGGAGCAAGAGCAUACACAGCUGGUUCAAGAGCGUCAGAGGCAGCAGCAACAUAGAAGCAAUAGCUUCGCCACUUGAUAUAACCCAUAGUUGUUCCGCGGAAACUUGCCGUGCAGUGCUAGAUAACAUGGAAAGAGCGAGCGGUGGAAGUAGCCUCUUAGACUGGAGUGGCCUGGACCAUAUACGUGGCAAGUAUUUCCGUGCUCUAGGGGAUGCCUUUGUCUCUCGUCAUCGACCCAGUGCAGCACUACACCAAGAAGCGGGGUUCUACAUCAAGACUUCUGAGGACCAUGUCACUCCACCAAGUAAGCCAAAUGCUCCUCUCAAUCUCGUCUCGCUCGACCAAUGA